AUGAAUGUAACUAAUGAUCAAUUGCUCAAAUUCUCACAUUCCGAACUUCUUGAUUAUACAAUUCGACUGAGAAAUGAAAUAAUCAAUCAAAAUGGAUAUAUUUAUGUAAGUAAAUUCCAAUUAUUGAUUUAUGACAACAAAUUUCAGCCCUUCCAAACUUCCUGGUUCGAUUUACCUUUGGAAAUGAGAGAAAUGGUGAUUGUUGAGAUGGAUUUGAAAACCCGAUGCAAUUUUUCGGAGUGCGCAAAAAGUUGUGAAGAAGAAGUUAUGAAAUCGGGUCCGAAAAUCACGACAAUUUCAAUUGAAAACGAGAUAGAGAUAUUUACCUUUGAUGUAUCAGACGAUUUUGGCAAAUCGGUGUACUUCGAUUUUGAAAAACUCGAAAAAUUCAAUAAAAAUCUAACUAUUGUCAGCUAUGGAAUGUAAGAUAGUUUGUUUUAUUCGAUAAUAUUUUUUUAUUUCAAUGAAAUUUCAGUGGUUUUGAUCCAACAUCUCUAACAACUAUAGUUGGAAGACAACAGGAAAUCAGGGCAAAAUAUUUGAACUAUUUAUUCAAAAAGUAUAAUGAUUCAAUUGUCAGAUGCCGCAUUUUGGUGAGUAAAAAUUAUCAUGCUUAGCCUCCGCAAAAAUCAAUAUUUUCAGGAUUUCAAUGAAUCUACAACUCUUGUUGGAAUCAAACUCGAUUAUUUAACAAAUUUGGAUAAUUUUGAGUUUCGGAUUUGGCCCCAAUCAUUGGAAUCAAUUUAUGAAGCUGAUAUUAUAACUGAAAAUAAGGUAGGUUUUGAAAAUUCAAGAAUUUUUUUUAUUAAAUCCCCAGUUGUUUUCAGUUAUGUCAAAUCAAGACUGUAACAUUGCACAUUCGUCAAGAUGACGCCUACAAAUUCGCAUUCUCUUUCAAAGGCAAUCGGGCAAACAUGGAAUUCGAGGAGAAUUUUGAUAGCAGUUUAUUUUAUCAGUUUUUGAUUCGGGUGAAAAAUGAGGGAAAGAAAGAGAAGCCGCUCAUCACAUUCUGGUAUGAUGGGAGAAUUGAUAAUUCAAUUUUGAAUCGCGAAGAAUUGGGUGUUAUGAAUACUUGGGAGAAAAUCAAUUCUAAUGGAACUAUUAGUAAAGGAUUUGAAUUCGAAACAACAACAUCACAGAAAAUUCGUGUUACUUGUAACACUUAUAAAAUCGAUGUAAAAUUUUGA